AUGAUGCAGCAGCAGCAGCAGCAGCAGCAACAGCAGCAGAAGCAGCAGCAGCAGAAACAGCAGCAUCAGCAGCAGCAGCAGCACCAGCAACAGCAGAAACAGCAGCAGCACCAGCAGCAGCACCAGCAACAGCAGCAGCAGCAGCAGCAACAGCAACAGCAACAGCAGCAGCAGCAGCAGCAGCAACAGCAGCAGCAGCAAUAA